AUGACCGAAUCAAUAAUAACUAUUUCACCUAAAACAUCACCAUAUCGGUCUAAGAUUCAUACACGUGUUGCAACUCCAGGUUCUUCAUCAUCGUCCGUUGGUCAUUAUAUUUCAUCACCUCAUAAUCGAAAUAAUGAUCAACAUUUAUUAUCAAAUGAAAAAUUACAAUUAAAAAAAUUAAAUGAUCAAUUUUUAACAUAUAUAGAACGUGUUCGUUUAUUUGAAACAUAUAAUAAUUGUUUAACCUUACAUUGUGAACAAAUAAAAACAGCUCAAGAACGUACAAAAUCUAAAUUAAAUUUACUUGAACAAGAAUAUGAUGAAUAUCAACAAGAAAGAUUUACUCGAGAAAGAAAAGAUUUACAAUUAGAACAUGAAAAUUUUCAAAUUAUUGACAAACAAGUUAAUGAAUAUAAAAAUAAAGAAAGUUUUUUUCAACAUGAACAUGAUUCAUAUCGAAAACAAAUUAUUGAUUUACAAAAACAAUCGGUUGAUUUGCAAGCAAAAACCGAACAUCUACGUUUUGAUUAUGAAAAUGUAAAUGAUGAUAAUGUUCAUUGUCGAAGACAAAUAUCCUAUUAUCAAUUACUUAAAUCAUCAAUUCUUGAUGAAAUUACUCGUCAACGUGAUAUAAAUCAACGUACACAAUUAGAAGUUGACGAUUUGAAAAUGCAAAAACAAAUAACAGUUCAAGCAUAUGAAGCUGAUAAACAAGUAGUUGAAAUUCAUAACGAUAAUAUUGUAUAUGAUCUAACAACAAACUUUCGUCUUGAUGGUAAUGGAAAAAAUGUUUUAACAGAAAUGUUAAAUGAAAUCCGUGAAGAAUAUAAAGUGAAAAAUAAUGAAAUGCGUGAUGAACUUCAUCGAAAAUAUUUACAUGAAUAUAAUAAACAUAUAAAAAAGGAAGUUGAUCGAAAUUUAAUUGUAACAAACCGAGAAGAUAUUGAACGACGUCAUCUAUCCGAUGAAUUAAAUUCUUUAAAGGAUAAACGAUUAUUACUACAUCAAAAAGUAACUUUAAUACAAGAACAUUAUAAACAAUUAGAAAUGAAUUUUCAACGAGAAAUAAAACGACAGAAAAAUAUGCAAAAUACAUAUGAUGAUCAAAUAAAUGAUUUACGUUUAUCAGUUCAAGAAUAUGAAAAUCUUCUUAAUAAUAGUAUAUUCAUUCGUCAACCAAUACUUCAACCUGAAGUUAAUAAAUAUCGACAAUUACUUGAAGGUUCCGAUCAACAAAAAGGUCUUCGACAAUUGAUUAAUAUAUCAAAUGAACCCGGUCGUUUUCUACCUAUUAAUCGUUCAACAACUCCUCCUCCUUCUCCACCACCACCACUCCUACCACCUGCUCCUAUGAAGAGAUCUCAAACAAUAUCAAUACUUUUCGAUCUUCCAACUCUUACUCGUCAAAAUUCUAUUAGUGAAGCCUCAUAUGAAACAGCACCUGUAUCACAAAUAACGACACCAACAGCAACAACGACUAAUAAUCAACAGUAUCUUACCUUUAAUUCAGUUAAUGAUAAAUUAUCUCAUCAUGAUUAUGAUACUGAUAAUGAUCAAUCACAAACAAUUCAAUAUUUAUCUGGUCGUAGUAGUCGAUUAACAAGUGCAACAGAUACAACACCAUUAGCUAUGACACCAAGAGCUACAACACCAACAAAUCAAGAAUCAUUAUCAUAUAAUGAUUUUAUUAAUCAUGAUGAAACAAUUGUUGAAGUACCCAUUGAUAUAUCUCAUACAGAUAUUGCAAUAAAUCAAACUUUACCAUUUAUACCAAUGAUGACAGUAUCUCAAAAUGAUAUUGAUGCAAAUAAAAAUAUUAUAUCCGAUGGACAACAAUCUCCAUUGAUUUCAACAUUAGAAAAACGAGAAGAACUAGAAAAUACAUCUAUCGAUUCAAUAAUUUUAAUAUCAUCCGAAAUAAUAAAUCGAAUUACUAUCGAUAUUGAUUCUACACCAAAUGAUAACAAAGUUGAAAUGAAAAUAGUAUCACCAAAUACACCAAUUAUGUCUGUUAAUGAACAAUCAAAAUCAGCUAUAUCACCUACAAUUGUAUCUAAUCAAUCAGAACCAGAACGAGAAUCAAAUAUUGUUGAAGUACCAGUAACAACAAUAAAUCCAUUGGCUAAAUUAAUUUCAACUAUGUUACCUAAUGCAACGCCAUUUAUUCCAACUUCAAAUGUUUCUAAUAAUCGUCCAGUUUCACCAGUGCCAAUUCCAAUAUCGACUAUGAAUAACAAUGCAGCAGCUUUUGUUCCUGGCCAACAGCAACAACAUGGAAGUGGACAACAGCAAAAUUUAAAUAAUAUGAAUGGUGGACAAUGGAAUGGAGUUGGUGCUCGAGGAGGAGGUGGAGGAAAUCGACGUGGACAAAAUGGUGGCGGUGGUUUUCAUCAAGGUGGUGGUGGAAAUCAACGAUCAGGAGGUGGAAACAAUUGGAAUCAAGGUGGUGGUGGUGGUGGUGGUUAUCAAAAGCCUCGUCGUGGACAAAAAUAA